GGCCGGAAGAAACCAUUCAUCCGGCCAAUACUGCGAAUGAAAAAUACGCGAUGAUUAUUGACUCCGGCCGGGACAUCUAGACUUCGGAUUUCAAAGAGGAUUACGGGCCUAUCAGAAUUAGAUGGUGCGAUUACAAUAAUGGCUAAUUUAUGAUCGGAUUAGAUACUUAUUCACACGGUCAUCGGCGCAGACCCCCCCCCAUCCAUCCUCCCCCACAACCUGCGAAUAAACACCCGAACGGGCGAUCGGGAUGCGGCGCUUAUUUCGGUGACGCUGUGAUGUGUACCUGCGAAAUCCAAACAACAAUGAGGAUCCGAUUUGACUUCCAGUUGGAUUAGUCGUUUCCUCGCUUUUAUUUUAUUUUAUUUUUUAUUUGACGUCAUUUGGGCAUGAUUCUCGUGCGGAGCUUCGUGCAGCCAUUGCUGCUGUUGCUCCACAGCAGAUGGUUGGGGGUCGCACCGAGCCCCACCGACGAGGGAGCCCUGCGAGCCGGCCACGGGGAGCACGGAGAGCCGGGGCACAAGGAGCCCCACAAGGACUCCUACGGCACCUUCGCCUCCGAGUUCCUGGAGUCCAGAUACCUGUCCGAUGACGGUUAUCCGUUCCCCACCGCCCCACCAGUGGAUCCCUUUGCCAAGAUCAAAGUCGUCGACUGUGGAGUAACCAAAGGCUGCAUCAGAUAUGGGAAGCCAGGCUGCGAUGCUGAAACGUGUGACUACUUUCUGAGUUAUCGCCGCAUCGGGACAGAUGUUGAGUACGAGAUGAGUUCGGACACGGACGGCUGGGUGGCUGUAGGUUUUUCAUCUGACAAGAAAAUGGGAGGAGACGAUGUCAUGGGCUGUGUCCACGACGAUAACGGACGUGUGCGGAUUCAUCACUUCUACAAUGUCGGCCAGUGGGCCAAAGAAAUAAAAAGAAACCCUGCAAGAGACGAAGAGGGCGUCUUCGAGAACAACCGGGUGACGUGUCGGUUUAAACGGCCUUUAUAUGUCCCCAGGGAGGAAACGCUUGUGGACUUGCACCUUUCGUGGUAUUACCUGUUUGCUUGGGGACCUGCCAUACAAGGUUCCAUCACGAGGCAUGACAUCGACAAUCCGCCCGUCAGUGACCACAUGAUCAGCAUCUAUAAGUACGAGGACAUCUUCAUGCCUUCUACGGCCUACCAGACCUUCAACUCUCCCCUCUGCUUACUGCUCAUAGUGGCCCUCACCUUCUACUUACUGAUGGGAACGCCGUAGUGAAGCACAGCGGAGCACAUUGUGCACAAGAGAGCAAAGAGAGAAACAGCAAUAAAUAAGUUGUGCAGAGACAUUAUAAAAUAUAUUAAACACAAUAAACAGUAUACUGCUUGCACCAUAGGGUUACGCUGAACUCAUAUAGAUAAUGACAAACAAAUAAUGACCAGAGCAGUGUUAUAUUAAAGAUAGGCCAGUUAUUUUCAGAAUUCAUCAUUGCUUCCAAGUAUUUCAAAUAUAUGAGAAUUACACAUGUUAAUACGUAAAUCCCACAAUUCUUUGAAAUACUGCAUGCACAGGGUUGUCGAUAUAUGUUGAACAGAAGGGUUUUCAGAGGACAGAAGAAAACGAGCAGUUCUCAGCCGCUUGCACAAACACUGUCUCUUCCUUGUUUGUUGUUUGUACAAGUUCACCAUCUAAAAUAUGUUUUUCCCAUGUUUGGCUCAACUUUCACAUCAUUGCGUUUCAGGAUCCACCCCCUAUUUCUCAACCAAAGCGUCGGUUGGGUGAGUUUAUUAAUGCUGGGAAACUGCGACUAUGCUUUAAAGACACAGAGGCUGCUAAGGAGUUAAUGUUGCAAGCAAUAACACACUUUAGCAAACUGUGGAUGGAACCGUUUGAUGGACAUGGACUCAUUUGCCCCCCCCCCAAAAUCCCUGAGGCCGUCGCUGUAGCCUUUUAACCUGUAUGAAAAAAUGGCAUGGAUACGUUAAAACACCCCCAGCUGAAAUAA